UUGACAAUUUGACAGACAGAGAGUGACUCGAAAAUACUCGAAAUAUCUCGAACGAAUAUUAACUACAACGAUCGUCGUUUAUUGUUGUUGUCAUAGCAUUGACUUGGUGAAAUUAGAAUUUUAUCUUUAUAUUCUUUUCUUUCUUUCUUACUAACAUAAAACUUGUAGCUAUAGCCGCAUUAUUAUCCAAUUAUUUCCUAAUCGAUCAAACAAUAACGAUGGCUAAUGAUCCUGAAAGAUUUGAUUCAAUGCUUCUUGCCAUGGCACAGCAGCAUGAAGGCGGCGUAAAAGAUCUCUUGAAAACAAUUGUUGGAUUUCUUGCAAGAAAAACAGACUUCUUCACUGGAGGCAAAGAAGGUGACUGGGAAAAAGUUGUUAAAGACACAUUCUAUGAACAUGCAAAGAAGGCGCGUGAUGAAGCAAAUAAAAUAAAGAAAGAAAAAGAAGAAGCUGAUAAAAGAUUGAAAGAUAUUCAGCAAAGAAAAGAACAGGAAAGGCUUCAGCAAGAUUUUGAGGCUGCUUCUGUUACUGAAAUCACAGAUCAAGAAGCUGCCAAAUUGCAGGAGGAUAUUGAAAAAGAUAAAAAGAAAAAAGCGGAGCUUGGUAGUGGCGAUGAAGGCGAAACAGUAGAAGCAGAUACACCAGAAGAUGAUGAUGAUCCAAAAGAGAAAGGCAAAUUGAAGCCAAACUCGGGCAAUGGGUGCGACCUUGAAAACUAUAGGUGGACCCAAACUUUAGAAGAAGUCGAGUUACGAGUUCCUCUACGGCAGAUCUUGCGUCCCCGCGACCUCACUGUGAUCAUAAGUAAGCGACAUCUUAAGGUCGGCGUCAAAGGUCAACCCCUCAUCAUCGAUGGUGAGCUCGACGCCGAUGUCAAAAUGGAGGAAUCCACUUGGGUUCUACAGGAUGGACGCAACUUACUGGUCAAUUUGGAAAAGGUGAACAAAAUGAAUUGGUGGAGUCGAUUAGUUACCACGGAUCCAGAAAUAUCUACUAGAAAAAUAAAUCCAGAACCAUCCAAAUUAUCAGACUUAGAUGGGGAAACCCGAGGCCUUGUUGAAAAGAUGAUGUAUGACCAAAGGCAAAAAGAGAUGGGCCUUCCCACUAGCGACGAACAAAAGAAACAAGACGUCCUCAAAAAAUUCAUGGAACAACACCCAGAAAUGGAUUUCUCCAAGUGUAAAUUUAAUUAAGUUUAGUAUUUAUAAGUGCAAACUAAUGGCAAUCAAUUUUCAGUUUUUGCAUCAUGGUUUCACGUUGUUAAACAAGUUGUUUUGCCUACAAAAAUACAUUAUGUAUUUUCAUCAUUAAUUUAUGACUGAAAUUGCGGUGUAUUUGUAGUUUCUUAUAUUGAUAUUAUUUUGCAAAACAAUUUAUAUUAAUUGCACUACGUGAAAGUACAUCUACACUGAACAUGAUCAUUAUACUUAACAGUUGAACAUAAGUAAUGACGUCACUCAUGCAGUAUUCUAUUCUGAGUUGAUGUAGUCAUUAAUAUAAAAAUUUGCUUUAGCCACUAUUUUUAUAUUAGGAACUAUAAAAAACGUUCAAAGAAACCGGAUUGGAAUCACAUAGCCAGAAUAUUGAUAAAAUUACAACGGUUUUUAAUACGUAAGAGUUUUGCCUCGGCUUGAAAACUGUUGUAGAUAUAUACAUAUGUAAGUGUAUACUAAAAUGAUCGUUUUAUUGUAUACCUACUUGAAAACUGUAAUUAUGAAUAAUUCUGUAACUGCACUGUUUCAGUUUUUGUCAUAAUUAACUUAAUAAAUAAAUAAUUUAAAUAUUUA